AAAAUGGCGGACGCGAGAUGCACUCACGUUAUAUUUGAUCUAGAUGGACUUCUACUAGAUACAGAGUCAAUAUAUACAGAAAUUUUCCAGCAUCUUCUCAAACAGUACAGCAAGGAAUUUACCAUGGCCACCAAAGUAAAAAUGAUGGGAAAGCCAGAAAUUGUUGCAAUCAAGUUUUUAUUAGAAGAAUUAGGCUUAACUCAUCUUGAUCUUGAAGAAGUUAUUGCUCAAACUAGAAUUAAAAAGAUAGAACUUUUUCCAAAUGCAAAGCUCUUACCAGGUGCAGAGAGGUUAAUAAGACAUCUUCACUCUCAUGGCAUACCAAUGGCAGUUGCUACAGGAUCUGUGACAUUUGAAUUCAAUUUAAAAGUUAAAAACCACAGUGACCUCAUAAGUUUGAUGUCACAUGUGGUCAAAUCUGAUGACCUUGAAGUCAAGCAAGGCAAACCCAACCCUGAYAUCUUUGAAGUAGCAGCGUCAAGGUUCAUACYGCCCCCCUCAACACCACAAGAUGUUCUAGUGUUUGAAGAUGCACCUAAUGGUGUUACAGCAGCAAGGGCUGCUAGUAUGAAUGUCGUCAUGGUGCCUGAUGUGUAUGUAGAUAAGACAUUAUGUACACAAGCCAAUCAAGUUUUGACAUCACUGGUGGACUUUGAACCAUCCGUCUGGGGUCUACCAGCAUUUUAAUGAUUUUUGAAUUGCAGUAUAGUAUAGUUAUGUGUGCUAUCUUCUAAUAUACUCUAGAUAUCAAGGCAGUGGGGUUGUGUAGUCACAGAGCAUGUGUCUAACAACUCACCUCUCCCUAUUUCCCAACAGGACAUGUCCUCUUAUGUCAGUUCAACCCCUUCCCCUCCACUCACACAAUAAAAUACAACAGUGUGCAUAAUGCUYCUAAUAAUUCUCUUGUUCCCUGCCUAUCCCCUUCUUUACAUCUGCGUACAGGACACAUACAUGUUUUCUCGUCUCCAUUACAUGGGUUCCCACCCUGCGCUCUAGAGGUUCCUUUUUUGCUUCCUGUGGUUCUCAGUAACGAAAAACCGCAAACGCUGGAGCAAGAUUAAUAACGUCUGGCCCCAGGAUAAUGGGUUCCCUAUGUUAGGACCGGAAAUUAAAGAUAAAUUACUAUUUUAAUACUUUAGUUUCAGUAAAACAAAGGUGUAUUAAGGCCGGUUUAGACGGUACGAUUUUCGCCUACAACUAUCRUAUACAACACGCUYGCGUCAUCCUACAACUCGAGUCGUAGCGUGUAAAUCGAGCCUACAACUCGCCUACGACAGACGAGAGCGUGUUGUAUACGAUAGUUGUAGGCGAAAAUCAUACCGUCUAAAACGGCCUUUAGGCAUAUGUAAGAUUUUGCCAUGCACUAGAUUUCAUAGAUAAAAUGCAAGAGAUGCUCUU